AGAUCAUCUCAUAAUAAAUUAACUGCUGUCUCAGCUGCUGAGACCAGAAAAUGCCAGUUUUAAUAUACAUACUGCUCUUGAUCAACAUUGGACGAUGCACAGACGAUCACAUCUUUGAGACAAAGACUGUUGAUGUCGGAGAUGAUGUGACUCUGACAUGUCCUCGUGAGAGUACUUGGCUUGCUGCAAACUUAUAUUGGAUCAGGCUUGUUCCUGGAACAUUUCCAGAAGCUUUAGGAGGAAUGAUAGCCUAUAAUUUUGACCGUGUAAAGAAAACUAAUCACAUGACAGCAAAACAAGAACCUGGAUUAUUUGUUCUGCAUUUUUCCAAGACACGUUUAAGUGAUACUGCAGUCUACUACUGCAUAAAAGUGAAACAACGUAACAUGACAUUUCUGAAAGGAAUAUUUCUGAGAAUCAAAGGGCCAGAACCUGAUAUCACUGCCGUCACUCAAGACUUUCUGUCUGAUCCAGUUCGUCCAGGAGACUCAGUGACUCUGCAGUGUUCAGUCCUCUCUGACUCUGAGAAGAAGACAUGUCUAGAAGAUCACCAUGUGUACUGGUUCAGAGCCAGAUCAGAUAAAUCUAAUCCCAGUUUGAUUUAUGCUCAUAGAAAUCACAGUGAUACAUGUGAAGAAGGUCCUGAGGUUCAUUCUCCUCAGAAAUGUGUCUACAGCUUUUCUAAGAACGUCAGCUCCUCUGAUGCUGGGACUUAUUACUGUGCUGUGGCCACAUGUGGAGAGAUCAUUUUUGGAAAUGGAACAAAACUGGACAUUGAAGUUGUCAGCACAUGUGAUUCACAAAAGGACAUUUCAGUUGUCUUUCUGCUGUUUGCUGUUUUGGCUAUAAGUCUGAUUGUUAUAGCCUUCCUUGUUUAUGUCAUCACAAAAAAUUCUUGUGAUUGUUGCAAAGGUAAGAAAAUGUACUCAUAUAUUAAUGUAUUAAACUGUUUUCCCAAAAGCUACCAUCAUUUGUUUCAUAUAUAUGUUUAAUAUAUAAGUAAACCCACAUUAUCAUUAAUCUUUUUUACGAUUAUCUUUUUUUUAACACCACAGCUGCAGUCAGUCUGCAAACAAAUGCUGCAACAGCCAGUGGUAUUCAGCAAAGUCAGCAA